UACAAAUUGUAUCAAAAGAAAAAUCAGCAUAUGCCCUAAAAGCUUUAGAUGGUAUAAAGAGUGGGUCCUAUUCAAACCUCCUAUGAACUGAUCUCUUCCUUCUUCUUCUUCUUCUCACUAAUUCUUCCUCACAAGAAAACUUCAAAGCUCUUGUGUAAUAUUGUUCUCCAACAAGUUAUCUAAUCUAGGAAAAUUAAUCAGCUCACAAACAAUUCAUAAGAAGAGUUGAUCGCUGCUGGGCUUUGAGAGUUUGUAUAGAUAUAUAUAUAUAUAUAUAUAUCAUAUAUAUGUAUAUGUAUGAGGAGGGAAGGAACAAUAUUAGUAAUAAUCAAGAAGGAUUGAGAUUGGAGAUGGCCUUUCCACAACAUGGAUUCAUGUUUCAGCAACUCCAUGAAGACAAUUCUCAUCACUUACCUUCCCCUACCUCUCUCCCUUCUUGCCCUCCUCACCUCUUCUAUGGAGGAGGAGGAGGAAACUACAUGAUGAACAGAUCAAUGUCGUUUACGGGAGUACCAGAUCAUCAUCAUAAUCUAACUCAAAAAAGCCCGACCACGACCAACAACAUGAAUGAUCAAGACCAGGUAGGCGAGGAAGACAAUCUAUCGGAUGAUGGGUCACAUAUGAUGUUAGGAGAGAAGAAGAAGAGGCUGAAUUUAGAGCAAGUUAGAGCAUUAGAGAAGAGCUUCGAGCUAGGGAACAAGCUGGAGCCGGAGAGGAAGAUGCAGCUUGCCAAGGCUUUGGGAUUACAGCCUAGGCAAAUUGCGAUAUGGUUUCAGAACAGGAGAGCUAGGUGGAAGACAAAGCAGCUCGAGAGAGACUAUGAUUCUCUCAAGAAACAGUUCGAUGUCUUGAAAUCGGACAAUGAUUCUCUUCUUGCUCACAACAAGAAACUACACGCUGAGUUAGUGGCAUUGAAGAAACAUGACCGUAAAGAAUCAGCAAAGAUCAAGAGAGAAUUGGCAGAAGCUUCAUGGAGCAACAAUGGAAGCACAGAAAAUAACCAUAAUAACAAUACUUCAGACAUAAACCAUGUGAGCAUGAUCAAAGAUCUUUUCCCUUCUUCAAUCCGAUCUGCGACCACGACCGCAACCACGACCUCAACGCAUAUCGAUCAUCAGAUGGUUCAAGAACAAGAACAAGGAUUUUGCAAUAUGUUCCAUGGCAUUGAUGAAACGACGUCGGCUAGUUAUUGGGCAUGGCCUGACCAGCAGCAACAACAUCACAAUCAUCAUCAGUUCAAUUGAGUAUACUGUUCAAGAACAACUUCAUAAUCUUCAACAUCAUACUCAUCUUGAUAUCAUUACUAUUAUCAUCAAAAGAAAAUUUCAUAGAAUUUUUUUUUAAUUGAGUUAUUUUGGAAUUAUUUGGCACUGUUUAAAUUAAAUUGAAUUGGGUCUUUAUGUUUUUUUUUUCAUUUGGGUUUGUAGAGAAAAUUGGUGUAUAGGGGGAUACUCAACAAAUUUGUAGUAUGAUUUUUCUCGUCACUUCAAUUGAAUGAAUAAAUUUUUCUUUCAUA